CAAAAAAGUAAUUAUAAACAAAUACCGAAAAAAAUGAUACUUAACCCAAAAAAAGUAACAAAACUUUAUAACCCAAAAAAAAAAGUUACAAAAACUUCAAAAUCAAAAAAAUAUUUGAUUUAGUUAAAAAAGUAAGUAAUAGUAUGUUGUAAGAUAAAAUACUGUACUAUAUAAGAAGUGAAGUUUUGUUUUAUAGCUUAUCGUAAUAUAUAACCAGAUAAGAACUUUAAAUCCUGAUUAUUGGAAACCAAAAAAAAUAUGUAAACAUCUAUAAUAUGAUUAAAUAGAAAAUAAGAUAUUGUGUUUUAUUUUAAACCCAAAUACAUAAUGCCGAACAAACCACAUUACUGGAAUUUAUAAUCACAAGCAGAUUGCAUGACUGAAUGCAUUGUAAAAUUACCGUGUCUGUGAACAAUAUUCCUACUGAUUUCAAUAAUGUUGACUCAUAAAAUACACUCUGAAAUUAUCGACAUACAAGGGUAUUUUACAAUCGCGGUCUACGUCAACUAUUUCAUACCGGGGAGUCUGAAAAUUCACACUGAUUUAUACACAGUACGCCUGGGCCAGCUGAGGGAGUUGAUAGACAACCCGCUAUUCGACCCUCUUCGUAACGUGAAUACUAGAAGGUGGCUGCCAAAAGGCGAAGCCCCGUUUCCUGGGUACUGUAGGGCGCCCGGCAGUGGCAAGUGUAUUGCCGCUCUAUGCAAUUGUGACCAGCUCAAAGAACGUUGGAACAUGAGAUUAGCUUCAAUUCUCAGUAAAACCACACAAUCAUAAUUUUAAUAUUUUUAUUGCAUUAUACAAUUUAGUCUUCCAUAACAUUUAUUUGGAAGUACACAGCCGUUCUACAUUAAAUGUGAUGUGUAUUUAUUUAUAA